ACUAAUGUCAUGUCAUGACGUCGACAGUCGGGUCUGCUGCCUAUUGAAUUUCUGUUGAUUUCCCGGUAAAAAACGUAGGAAGUUAUUGCUAAUCUCGGUGAUUCGCUCAGCGUCACAAGCUACCGUCAUCAUCUACUCUUGUUUAGUUAAGGUACUAUUAGUCAUCAUUUGUUAACAAAGUGGUGAAACAGUAAACAGUGAACCAAGUGACUAGCGUGUUCUCGAUCAGAAAGUAGCGCAUAUUAACUACAAAAUGAAUCCUUAUCAACAAGGCCAAUCGGGAUACCCGCAGCAGCAAUAUUUGCACAAUAUUGGAUUUAGCAACACCGCCCCUCAGUCAUUCGGGAACCCUAUGCCCAUGCCAGGCUUCCCAACUAUGGGGUAUCCUACACCUCAAGGCUACCCCACUCCCAAUGCUCCGGGUUAUCCACAGGCAAGUCCUGGAUACCCACAACCUAGUUCAGGAUAUCCUCAGCCAAGUUCAGGGUACCCUAAUCAAGGCUAUUCCCAACCAAAUUCUGCUCAAGCUUACCCCCAUCAACCUUCAGCUCAAGGCUACCCACAGCCUGCUUCUGCUCAAAGUUACCAUCAACCCGCUUCUGCUCAAAGUUAUGCAUCUCAACCUGCUCAGACGGGGUACCCGCAGACUGGCUCAAGUUACCCUCAAUCCAGCCAAGGGUAUCCCGGUUCUAAUCAGUACCAGGGGUACCCGCCACAAGCAAGUGUGCAAAGCCACCAAGCUUAUAGUGUUUCAUCACCACAACACACCCCCAGCAUGCCAAAGUCGAAGCCGACGGUGGUCCCGGUGAAUCCCUUCGAUCCUCGCGAGGAUGCGGCCGUGCUCCGCAAGGCUAUGAAGGGCUUCGGCACGGAUGAGAAGGCGAUCAUCCAAGUGCUGACCAGGAGAAGCAACGAGCAGCGUCUACGUAUCGCGUUUGAGUUCAAGACUUUGUAUGGAAAGGAUCUGGUCUCGGACCUGAAGAGCGAAACCAGCGGCAAGUUCGAGGACCUCCUAGUCGCUCUGAUGACGCCGCUGCCGCAGUUCUAUGCGAAGGAGCUGCACGACGCCACCGCGGGCAUCGGCACCGACGAGGACGUCCUUAUCGAGGUCAUGUGCACCAUGUCCAACCACGAGAUACAGGUCAUCAAGCAAGCUUACACUGCUAUCUACGGAACACUUCUCGAGGACGAUUUGCGCGGUGACACAUCAGGAAACUUCAAGAGGUUGAUGACCUCUUUGUGCAUGGGCAACAGAUCUGAAGAAUUCCACGUGGACCAGGAGAAGGCGCGCGAAGACGCUAGGAGCCUGCUUCAAGCCGGCGAGCUCCGACUAGGCACGGACGAGUCCACGUUCAAUGCGGUGCUGUGCUCGCGCUCGUUCCCGCAGCUGGCAGCCGUCUUCCAGGAGUACCAGUUCCUGACUGGCCACGACAUCGACGACGCUAUCAAGGCCGAGUUCUCCGGCGACUUGGAGAAGGCUCUGCGGGCUAUUGUGAAAGUGGUCCGCAACAAACCGCUGUUCUUUGCUGAGCGGCUCCACAAGUCGAUGAAGGGUCUGGGCACCAACGACCGGCAGCUGAUCCGCAUCAUGGUGACGCGGUGCGAGGUCGACCUGGGAGACAUCUCCGACAUGUUCCAGGCUAAAUACGGCGAAUCGCUGCAGAGCUGGAUUGAGGGUGAUUGCUCCGGCCACUACAAGAAGUGCUUACUCGGACUGUUGGGUCUUUACUGAGAGAAUACACAAACAUUACUAUAAGUCACAAAUAUAACUUUAAUGUUAAACACACAAUUCUAAUUCAUGCAACCAAACGCCUUCUAUCGACUGAGCUGUCCACUCGAUCUGACAUCAGAUGGAAAUCUCAAUAGUAUUAAUAAUAAGAAAAUAAAAUAAAAGAUAUAUUUAAAAUAAAAAAAAUAUUUUUCAGUCUAUAAGACGGGCCUUUUUAAUAUUUAAUGGUAUUAUUUUGAUUUGUUGAUCGAUCGUAAGGAUUUAUGUCGAAGAUAAACGGUGUCCUUAAGGCAUAUCUCAUAAAGUAUAUUAACUAAGGCCAGGCGCGCACUACGAGUUUUUCGCCGCGCGGCAGAAAAGAGCAGCGGCAUAAUGUCGCACUGUAAUACUGCGCCGCUGCGGUGGCUCUGCCGUCAAGUGCGCGCAAUACAAUUUAAAACUGUUUGGUACAGUAUUACAGUGUGACAUUAUGCCGCUGCUUUUUUCUGCCGCGCGGCGAAAAACGGAACGGAAAAAACGAAAUGGAUACGGAAACGAAAUGACAGCAGGACAAAGAUAUUGUACGUCGCUUAGCGCGAAAGAGACGAGAGAUAUGUCACUUUAAUCAUACGUUACGUUAUAAGGGGUAUAUAUUCAUAGAUACAUACAUAAAGUCACGCCCAUUUUCCACCGGGGUAAGCAGACUACGGAAUAAUGGUAUAUAUACGUAUUGUGUCCCACUGCCUACUGGACACAGGCUUCCUCUCUAAUAACCAUAAGGUUCCCUUCUGUACUACAUGUCUCGUUUUAAUAAAGAUAUUAUUUUAUUUAGUUACGUCUAUAAAUGAAUGUGCCUACAAAAUUAUUCACUAUUAAGACUAAAAUAAUGUAUACAAGAGGCUGAAACGUGCAUCACUGCUAAUUUAAUUAGAUGAUCUAGUGGGUUAAAAAGGCCACAUCGACGCAAUUAAACUAAAAAAAGCAAUAUUGCAAUUUGACAUUGCGCAUAUAAAACUAAGUGCGCAAUGCAAACAAAUGUCAAAUAGCAAUAUUGCUUUUUUAGAUGAAUUGCUUCGAUGUGGCAUUUUUAACUCUUAAAUGUUUGACUUAAAUGUAUUCAAUGUAAUGUCUGACCGCGAGCGCUUUACCGGGUCUUAGGUGGAGACACAAGAGUCGAGAGAGAGCACGAGUUCAAAUAAUGCGAACGACAAAGAUAGAUAGUGCCAAUAAUGCUCUUGACAGACAGAGGCAGACAAUAAAAUCAACUCUAAAGGUGGCGGUUCGCGCCGUGACAGAGACAGGAGACCGCGACCGUUACUUGACGUUCGUUGCUCGCGUCUCGGUCUCCUGUCUCUGUCUCGCUCGCGAACUGUCGAUGUCGCGUAUACAUUGCCUAACGUCAAGUGUAAAGGUCGUGGUCUCCGGUCGUGGUCCCCUGUCUUUAUCGCGGCGCGAACCGCCAUCUUUACACCGCGAGGCUACCGGCAGGCGCGACAUAGCGCGAGCCUUAAUAACAGUAACAAUAAACGGUAGCACAGAAACUUAAUUAGAUCCUUGCAAAACAACAAAGAGGAAGGGGGGGGGGGAUGGUACGUUUUGAUACUCCACAAGCAAAUAUACGCCCACCAACAAAGUAAAAAAAAAUAACUCACAAUUUCAGGACGCCCAUAUUACUAAGGACACAAUAAAAUUAAUUCUUAGAAUAACUAGUGAUCACUUUUAAAUGUAAGUCCACUUUUUGUUACGUGUCUAAUAUUGUCUGUGGUACUAGUGUUUACCAUAUUAGAUCGGUACACAACCUACGUGUUAAUUAUUGUUUCUUAACAUCACUCUGUCUCACAUCUAUCAGAUAUAUGCAUUUCUAUUUUAUAUUACAUAAUUUUGUACGCUACAUUUUUUUUAUGUGCCUAAUUCCCAGCUCAAAAUACCAUAAUUUACUUUUUCCAUUUACUUGUUUACGGUGAUUACGGUAGAUCUUAAGAUAUAUUUGUUAUAAAGAUGUUGUCUAUUUACAAAAUGAAAUGAUUUAUUAAUUUACUUAGUAUUUCUAGAAAUUGAAAAGAAUCUCACGCCCCUUUAAAUAUUUUUAUACUGUUUGUCGUCGUAAUUAUCAUUGAAAAUAUGUAUUUAUUGUUGCGUGUCAUCUCGCGAGACUGCCAAGCCAAUAUUUAUAAUAAAAAAGAAAAGGUGCCUAAUUUGAAUCUAGAAUUCCGUUACUCAGUUUUUAAAACAAAGAAACGGGCAAUUAUAUACACUUCUCAUCAAAAAAAUCGAAACACUUCCGUUUUCAUUGUUUCUGUCCGAAUUUAACACAAAAAAGAAUUCAUACGAUGAAAAAAAAUACAUAAAUGUAUAGCUGGCAGUUUGGUCAUUACAGUAAUAAGCGAAAAUUCUAAAUUCAAAACUAGAAUUUCAUUUGUUUAUCUUAUAAAAGAAAUGAAUCACUGUUUUGAGACAAAUGUGUGUUUAGGGUUGGAGUACAUUUAGCGUUUAAAAACUAAAAAUUGGCGCCUAUCCUUAAACUUUUUGUUUUUUAUUUCAAUACUGUGACUUUGGGACGUCUGAAAAAAGGUUUUUUUUCUAAAACGUAUGGAUACUUCGCCCACAGAAGCCGCCCAAGUUGUGGCAUUGCUGGAUUCUGGCCUUAGUCAGCGUGUUGUGGCUGCAAGACUGCAUCUAAGCCUGUCAUCUGUUCAUAGAGUCUAUAAACGUUAUCGGGAGACUGGUUUGUUCACGCGCCGUUCAGGAUCUGGCAGGAAUCGGGUCACUUCUGAGCGAGAUGAUCGAUUUAUUGUAACAACUUCUUUAAGAAAUCGACGCCUUAACGCUUUUCAACUGCAGCAGCGGCUUCGUGUUGUACGAAGGGUGGCUGUAAGUGACUCUACAAUUAGAAGAAGGUUGAAGGAUCGUGGACUGGUACCGCAUAAGCCAGCAAAUGGGCCGAAAUUAACUGCAGACCAUCGAAGAGCGCGCCUUAACUUUGCACGUGAGCACCUAAAUUGGUCAUACCUACAGUGGAGCAAAGUUCUCUUUUCUGAUGAGUGUAAAAUUAUGCUGUAUGGUAACGACGGAAGGAACAAGGUCUACAGAAGAGACGGAGAACGCUAUGCACAAUGCUGCAUUGAAGAAAAGGUCAGCUAUGGUGGCGGUUCUGUAGGUAUGACCAAUUUAGGUGCUCACGUGCAAAGUUAAGGCGCGCUCUUCGAUGGUCUGCAGUUAAUUUCGGCCCAUUUGCUGGCUUAUGCGGUACCAGUCCACGAUCCUUCAACCUUCUUCUAAUUGUAGAGUCACUUACAGCCACCCUUCGUACAACACGAAGCCGCUGCUGCAGUUGAAAAGUGUUAAGGCGUCGAUUUCUUAAAGAAGUUGUUACAAUAAAUCGAUCAUCUCGCUCAGAAGUGACCCGAUUCCUGCCAGAUCCUGAACGGCGCGUGAACAAACCAGUCUCCCGAUAACGUUUAUAGACUCUAUGAACAGAUGACAGGCUUAGAUGCAGUCUUGCAGCCACAACACGCUGACUAAGGCCAGAAUCCAGCAAUGCCACAACUUGGGCGGCUUCUGUGGGCGAAGUAUCCAUACGUUUUAGAAAAAAAACCUUUUUUCAGACGUCCCAAAGUCACAGUAUUGAAAUAAAAAACAAAAAGUUUAAGGAUAGGCGCCAAUUUUUAGUUUUUAAACGCUAAAUGUACUCCAACCCUAAACACACGUUUGUCUCAAAACAGUGAUUCAUUUCGUUUAUAAGAUAAACAAAUGAAAUUCUAAUUUUGAAUUUAGAAUUUUCGCUUAUUACUGUAAUGGCCAAACUGCCAGCUAUACAUUUAUGUAAUUUUUUUCAUCGUAUGAAUUCUUUUUUGUGUUAAAUUCGGACAGAAACAAUGAAAACGGAAGUGUUUCGAUUUUUUUGAUGAGAAGUGUAUUUACAAUUCAGGUUUAAACGCCGAAUUUGUUUUGGCGCCAUAAAUAUUUUGUGUUAACGGGUAAUUUAUGGUAUCUAAUCCAUUUAAAAUGGCGCAAAUAGAACAGCUGUUUUAUUAACCUGUAUUUGUAUUUAGGAGUUUUAAACGCUAAGUACAAUAAUAGUAAGUAAUUUUACUGUUUGAAUUAGUGCCUAAAAUGCUUCAACAUGCCUAUGCCUUUAUAAAUUAUUAUCUAUUUUAAUAAGUAUGUAUACAAUUAUGUGGCCAAUUUGAAAUAACUAUAAAUGUUUUGUAAUAAGCUUAUAUGGAAGUUGUACCAUUAAAAUGGUUAUUGAUGUCUUUAUUAAACGUUCGUAUUGUGAA